GAACCAAAACAAACACACAACCCUAAUUAACAUCCAUCCUUUCUUCUUGACCAGUUCUUCUUUCUUCUGUUAAAUCAAAACAAACCAUAAUUAUAUUAGAUUAUAGAUUCCUAAUCACGCCUCGAAGUAGUAGAUCAGGAAGAGGAUAUAAGUUACUAACUAAUGGCGGAUCUCACUUGUGCGACGCCGUUUGUGUUAUAUCCAUUACUCGUCAUCAUCCUCUUCUUCUACUCACUUAACCACCGUAGCGGAUUUCUCUCAUCCGUCGUCGACGACGAUCCUUCGUGUCAUCUCUCCGUCUCCUCUCCGUCUUCUCCUGAAUCAGUUCUCUCUUACUUCAGAUUCUUUCCUUUACGUUCUUCUUCGUCAUGUCUCACCGCUCUCAACAACUCUUCGUCAGAAGGUACGGUGGUCGAACAAGUCGAUGAAGCGGCGGAGAGAAUCGAAGAAGGUUUGGCGAUGGCUAGAGCCGCCAUAAAGAAAGCCGGAGAAGUGGAUCUCCAUCGUCGUCGUGAUCGGAGGAAUGGUUCGGAUUCGGGAUUCGCAUCAAAUGGAUCUAUCUAUCUCAACGCUUUUACUUUUCAUCAGAGCCAUAGAGAGAUGGAGAAGAGAUUUAAGAUAUGGACAUAUAGAGAAGGAGAGGCUCCUCUGUUUCACAAAGGUCCUCUCAACGACAUUUACGCUAUCGAAGGCCACUUCAUGGACGAGAUCGAGAACGGAAAAAGCCGCUUCGCCGCAGCUUCACCGGAGGAAGCCACCGUGUUCUACAUCCCUGUAGGGAUCGUCAAUAUCAUACGAUUUGUCUAUAGGCCUUACAUCACCUAUUCACGUGACCGUCUCCAAAACAUUGUCAAAGACUACAUCUCUCUCGUCUCUGACCGUUACCCUUACUGGAACCGAAGUCGCGGUGCUGACCAUUUCUUCCUCUCGUGCCACGAUUGGGCACCUGAUGUUACAGCGGUAGAUCCAGAACUAUACAAGCAUUUCAUCAGAGCUCUCUGCAACGCGAACGCAUCUGAAGGAUUCAAACCGAUAAGAGACGUUUCUUUGCCUGAGAUCAAGAUUAAAUACGGUAAACUAGGGCUUACACACAACGGAGAACCACCUCAUAACCGGAAACACUUGGCGUUUUUCGCCGGAGGCUCUCACGGAGAAGUACGGAAAGUACUUUUCAAACACUGGAAAGGAAAGGACAAGGACGUACUUGUCUACGAGUAUCUCCCCAAGUCCAUGAACUACACGAAACUUAUGGACCAAGCGAAGUUUUGUCUGUGUCCUAGCGGUUGGGAAGUGGCGAGUCCGAGAAUCGUGGAGGCUCUUUACUCUGGUUGCGUUCCGGUCAUCAUAGCUGAUUCUUACGUUCUCCCGUUUAGCGACGUGUUGAACUGGAAGACGUUCUCAGUUCAUGUUUCUGUAGAGAAGAUACCUGAGAUUAAGAAGAUUUUGGAAGCGGUAUCGGAGGAAGAGUACUUGGAGAUGCAGAGGAGAGUUCUUGAGGUUAGGAAACACUUUGUGGUGAAUAGACCAUCGAAGGCGUAUGAUAUGUUGCAUAUGAUUAUGCAUUCUAUUUGGUUACGUAGGCUUAAUGUUCGUAUUCCUCUUUCAUAG